CCACCGUUCACCGGACACCGGGAGUAUUAUUCUAUCAACCCGACGAGAGUAGAAAAACCGCAAAAAUUGCGCUCACACAAACAAUGCCCGGAACCUGCCACAGGCUCCGCAUUCCGUCGCUAGGCAGCAACAAGUCGGCCAAGAACGAUUGCUGCGAGCAGGAACGGUCAGCGGUGCCGAAGCGGGAAUGCCACCGGGUGACGAUGAUGGGAGCGGCUCGGGUUGGCAAGUCAUCCAUCAUUUCGCAGUUCCUGUACGAGAAGUACUUGUCACGGUACAAGCAGACAAUAGAGGAGAUGCACCGAGGUGAGUACGAACUACCGGACGGCUCCUGUCUGACCCUGGACAUACUAGAUACCUCCGGGUCGUAUCAAUUUCCGGCGAUGCGGGCACUGUCUAUCAACACGAGCGGUGCUUUCUUACUGGUCUAUGCCGUCGACGAUGGAGAAACAUGGCACGAAGUCGAACGCCUAAGAGAGCAGAUUGUCGAAGCUCGUGGUCUGUUUGUCCCGAUUGUAAUCGUCGGCAACAAGUGCGACGUCCAGGAAGAGAAUCGCCAGAUACCGGUGAAUGUUGCCCGAGCGAAGGCCACCCUGGAGUGGGGUUGCGGCUACGCGGAAUGCUCAGCAAAGAACAACGAAGGAAUAUUGACCGUCUUCAAGCAGCUGCUGCGACAGGCCAACAUCGAGUACAACCUUAGUCCGGCGGUUCGGCGACGAAGAAAAUCCUUGCCCAGCUACUCGAGCCAAACGCAGCAGAAGGGAUCGGCGCACUCGGCAAAGUAUUACUUGAAGCGGCACUCGUGCUCGGUUCAGUAA